AUGGGAGGACCUGGAGAGAGUGCGAGGAGGUGUGGGGGAUGGAGGGCAGCUGGUAUGGAGGCCGAGGAGGGGCAAGAGGGGGCCACAAGAGCGGUGGGAGGGUGGGGGGGCGAGGGGUGCAGAAGCAACAACUCAGGCCCGCCGUUGCAAGUCACUCAUGCCAAGCCCGUGCCCACCAUGACAAACACUCUUGAUGACAUCCCCAGGGGCAUCUUCGCAUGCAUUUGGGAUGUGGAUGCUUCGGAUGAGGCCGUUGUCCUCCCCCAGGUGCGCCUUGCUCCUCUCAGCAGGUGCGCCCUCCUCCCCCAGGUGCGCCUUGCUCCUCUCAGCAGAUGCGCCCUCCUCCCCCAGGUGCGCCUUGCUCCUCUCACCAGGUGCGCCCUCCUCCCCCAGGUGCGCCCUUGCAGGCGAUGUCCCGCUCGUGCUCCUUCUUGCGCAUUUCGCGCUGGCCCGCUCGUGCUCCUUCUUGCGCAUUUCGCGCUGGCCCGCUCGUGCUCCUUCUUGCGCAUUUCGCGCUGGCCCGCUCGUGCUCCUUCUUGCGCAUUUCGCGCUGGCCCGCUCGUGCUCCUUCUUGCGCAUUUCAGUUCCAUGUUGGUGUAUCUGCCUUGCCCUCUUCUCUUGCAUCCUCCCCCAGCCACUGCUUCUGGUAAUGGUACCGGUACGGGUGGCGGGGGUGUGAGCAGUGGUGGUGGUGAAAAUGGUGACGACGACGGGAGUACUGAUAACGAUGAUGAGAGUGAAAUCUAUUACCGGGACAGAGAGAGAAGCAAGGGCGUGAUUGCAGAUAGGAACUGGCGAUGGCUGGCUGUGGCACAAGUAAUGAAGGUGGAAGACACGCUUCUCCUCCUGGGCACGUCUCACGGGCAGCUGCAGGUGUGGCACCUCCCAUCCCACUCCCUCCUCGCCUCCCUCCACCACCCCUUACCCCUCCCUCUCACCUGCCUCACUCUCUCUCAAAGCCUUGGUGAUCCCCCAGAGGGAUCGGAACCACUCUCUCUUGCUGCUACCGCAGGUGCUUGUAACGAGCAUGGCCGGUGUGCUUGUAACGAGGAUGGGUGGAGGGUGGUAGCGAGUGCAUCAGAGGACGGAUCAGUGUGCGUGUGGAGCCUGCCUCGCUGGCCCAGGAGGGGUAGCUCAUCGCCACAAGUGUUACAAGCGCCGCCAAACGUAAGAGAAGCAGAGUCGGAAGUGGUACCAGCAGGGUCGGAAGUGGUACCAGCAGGGUUCCAAGUGGUGCAAGAAGGCUCGGGUGAGGCACUGCUAGCGGGAAGCACUUCUGAGCACCGAGGAUUCGGAGGGACGCGCAUGGCUGUCGUGCCUUCGGCACUCCCCUGCUGCUCGCUCUGGUUCGUGCCAGGGUCGAUGGGAGAGCAGCAGCUGUGGCAGGACUUGGAGAGAGUGGGAAGGGGCGAGGGGGAUACAGAGGGAGGAGAGGGAGGAGAAGGAGGGGAGGGAGGGGAGGGCGAGGAGGGAGAGCGGGAGCAGGUGGGGUGGAGGCCGAGGAGGGGCGAGAGAGGGCCACGGGAGUGGUGGGAGGGUGCGGGGGCGAGGGGCAGAGAAGCAACAAUGUCCGCCCUUUGUUCCAAGGAAUUCAUGCCAUCCCCUUGCCCGUCCAGCGGAGUUGUUACAGAGCCUCGCGUGUGCAAGGGAAAGGUGGAAUGCCCUUGCCCACGGUAUUUGCUGCUGGAGGGGCGGAGUGGGGGCACAGGCGUUGGCGCAUACAGCAUGCGCCUUCACGAGACCUCCGUGGUCAUCGGGAACAUCCCUGUGUGGGCGCGCAGAGAGCAGGAGCAGCAGCAGGGCGCCACAUCGGAUGCUGCUGCUGCUGCUGCUGGUGCUGCUGCUGGUGGUGGUGGUGGUGGUGCUGCUGCUGCUGCUGCUGCUGCUGCUGCUGGUGCAUCCAGUGUAGCAAUUAGGGAAGAGCGCUCGGAGGAAUUUCUUUCGGCAGAAGCUGACUUGAAGGGGCGGCAGGGAGUGAGGAUGAAGGUGGAACGAGGGGAGGCAUGGCGGGACAGGGAGGAGGAGGAAGUGGAGGAAGUGGAGGAAGUGGAGGAAGUGGAGGAAGUGGAGGAAGUGGAGGAAGUGGAGGAGUGA